AUGGAAAAAUAUAAGAAAGACAUCAGAUGGUAUAAAAGUAUGUGGAUUAGGUAGAUUAGAAAACUGUCAGAACAAUAGAAAAAGAAGUAAUUUUAUAAUAUUAAUUUAGGAAGAAAAGAGUGAAUCAACUAUAGUUUCAUUUAAUAAAUCAUUUGGAAAGGUUAAUGUUUUAGAUUUAAAAGCUCGAAGAGAAAAAUAAGAAUAGAAGGAGUAUUUUAAUUAUUAUUCUUGAUAAUCAGGCAGCAGUUAAAGAAAUGGUUUUUAAACUACAUAAAUUAUAAAAAUAUGAAAAAGCCUUAUAAGAAGACCGUAAAAAAAUGGGGAGCAAAUAAAACUUAUUAUUUAACAAUAUAAUAAUUGAAGUAAAAGGUAUUAAAAACGAAGUGAAAUAAUAGAUAUGUUAAGAGAUUAUUUAGAAUCUAAGAAGAAAUGAUUAAGAUAUNUAAAUUGGUUCAUAAAUGCCAGAAAUAACCUAAAAAAUAAAUCAUCUAAGGAAAAGAAAUUUAAACAUGUGA